AUCAAAGAAAAUGUUCAGUAAAUUAGCCCCGAUACAAAUUGAAUGUAAGAAUUAUGUUCAUCCAUGGACCGAAAGUUGUUUGGAAGCUACCAUGGGGGCUUACAUCCAAGCAAUUAUCUUUGCUUUUAAAAUAUAUGGUUCAGUACAUUUGUUGGCAUUGUUGAUGAAAGGGAUACCACCUCGGAAAGAUGACAUCAAAAAAACAUUAAUAGGAAUUUUCCAAUCAUCAGCCUUUUUAAGUGGAAACACUUUUGGAUAUUCAUUAUUUUUAUGUAUUUUUAGACGAGUAUUAGGAAACUUCAACAUUUUAACCGCAUCAUUUGUACCAUCAUUUCUUGCAAGCAUCUUUGCGAUAUUAAUCGAGAAACCAUCAAGAAGAACGUUAUUAGCGUUAUACUUGAGUAAUAUAGCGACUGAAACUGUAUGGAAUAUGUUGGUUUCGAGGAAAACGGUGCAACCAAUUCGUUUUGGAGAAGUUGCAAUUUUUGCAGGGAGUAUUUCGGUGCUUUUAACAAUUUUUAGAAGCGGCUUGCACUUGAUUAAAAAUGAAAAACACAUUGAUCCAUUAUUUAAAGUAUUGAGGCUAAUUAUUGGGAAAGACGAAGAAACAAUCAAAAAGACGAAGAAGUUGUGCCCACACCGUUUUAGUUGCUUAAAUUACAUUUUAAAAGGAACAUCAAAAAUCUUUUUAAUAGGCUUAUCGAUCCAACUUGGCAUAAAACUCGUUUUAAACGCAAAAAUUUUAGUUAAAACCCCAACAAAAUUCUUCUUCGAAAGCAUUUUUCGUUUAAACUCAAUUAAAUUGGCGACGUUUUUAGCGGGAACUUGCGGAAUAUUUCGAGCCGCAUCCUGUUUUUUGAGGAAAAUCACCGGGGAAGAUCACUUUAUGUACGCAAUCCCCGCAGGGUUAUUAGCAGGAAUUGCGUUCACGCAAUACCCCAAAAAAACCAUUGCUUUAUACGUUUUAUGGAAAACCCUACAUAUUGUUUAUAACUUAGGAAUCGAUCACAAUUUGGUGCCCGAAAUUCCAGGAUUUAAUAUGAUACUAUACUCACUUAGCGUAGCGAUUUUAUUCCAUACCGCGAUGUUUGAGCCACAAAAUUUGAGGCUGAGUUAUUGGAAAUUUUUGUACAACGGCUCCGCAGGGAGAAUAGCUUGCAUGGAUAGAAGCGCAUUUGAACCGUGGGGAUUUGGAACGUUGGAGGGAUUGGCCGAAACAAUCGCGAAAGCAAAAACGCCGAAAGUUAUUCAAUUUACAGGGAUUAAAUGGUGAUUCUUUUUUUAAAUAAAUUUAAUUUUGUUUUAACAUUAAUCUUCAUAAAAAAUGCUUUAAAAUGUACCCAAACACGAAAUGUUUAUCUUGAAAAACUAAAAGUAGCCCCACUUCCGGUUUAACCGGAAGCAAUUCAUUAAUUUAAGAAAAACCAUCUUGCGUGUACUCUAAUAGAAGGAUUUUUA